UCACCAACCAAGUCCUCUCGCCGCACACAGCCUUCAAUGGAUUCACCGAGCCAGAAACUUAUGACAUUGCUUACACUUGUCGUCAUCUUCUCCGCCUCUUCGGCCAGUGCAGAAUCCAAACUGGUACACAAGGUUUGCAGUAAAACUGACAAUUACCCGCGCUGCAUCGCUGCUCUGCAUCUCGACCCACGAGCUGCAAAAGCAACUACGCUUCGUUCUCUCGGCAUAAUCGCUUUGCAAAUAGCGUCAAAGAACACUGCCGGCAGUCGGAAGGCUGUGGACCGAAUGCUAGCAGACCCGCAGACGAGUUCCUCAUGGAAGCCGGUGCUCAAGACUUGUAAGGCUAACAUCGACAAUGCGGCCAGGCAGUUCUCAACAGCAAGUCGUGAUCUCGUAGAAGACGCAAUGUCUGCAAAUUAUGAUGUUAUGAUGGCCUGGGACGAAAUCGACGCCUGCUUGAAGUUCAUGAGAAGUAGCAAGCAGAAUAUUCCACCAUUAGUCACCAUAUGCACUCGUGCCAAUUUUUUCGUUUCCAUCGGCCUUGUCGUUACCGACUAAAAGCCUUAACGAGUGUGGAUUGAAUUUCUGUAAUAAUGUGCAGCACACAUGAGGAGCGUUAACGA